AUGGAAGACGCCACCGGUUCACGGCAGCAGCAGGGCGAAGCCGCGGAGCAGCCGGUUCGGUCGCGGUGGACGCCGAAGCCGGAGCAAAUCCUGAUCCUGGAGACCAUCUUCAACAGCGGCAUGGUCAACCCUCCCAAAGACGAGACCGUCCGCAUCCGGAAGCUUCUAGAGAAAUUCGGCUCCGUCGCCGACGCCAACGUCUUCUACUGGUUCCAGAACCGCCGCUCCCGCUCCCGCCGCCGCCAGCGCCAGGUCCAGGCCUCCCUCACCGCCGCCGACCACCCCUCAGGAAUCCACUACGAUCACACCUUUUCCCCCAAUUCCCUCUCCUACACCAUGCCCAACCCAGGCUCCUCGUCCUCUUUCGGUCAUAAUUCGGGCGGGUUCUCGGGCUAUCCCGGGCUUAUGCAGGAGUUUGAGCAAAACCCCGUGUUCUGCGAAGCUGAAGUCCAAUCUCAAAUGAUGACGGUGUUCGUGAACGGAGUGGCGACGGAGGUGGGGAGAGGGCCGGUGGAUGUAAAAGCGAUGUUUGGGGGAGAUCUUGUGGUGUAUCAUUCGUCGGGAUUGGCGGUGGAGAUGAACGAAUACGGAAUUCUGAUGCAGGGUUUGCAGCACGGUGAAAGCUACUUUCUGGUGAUCAUAUUGUGUUGGUUGAUGUUCUUGGUGGUUGAUUCUGUUGGUUGUGCUUAA